AUGUGUCGCGCCGAGAGCGCGAGGAUGGUGUGCGGCGUGCUGGUGAUAGCGCUGGCCUACGUGUCCCUGACGCGGCUGGACCUGUUGAGCGUGGACAGCCAGCGGUGGGGGCUGCACGCGCACCAGCGCCACCUGGCCAGGCUCAGCAUGGCCGAGGUGGUGGUGGGCACCGCCCUCGCACUUUCCGCCCUCCUGGGGUGCUUCGACGUCGUCGUGUCCAAGACGACGCAUCGGGCUUUGGACGUUGUCACCGGACUCAUUAUUCUCGGCCAAGUGACGAUUGCUAUGACCGCCCUUACGCUUAUGAUCUGGGUAGAAAACGACUUACCUUCCCGAAGUUCCAACUGUAGGGACUGUCUACAAAGCCUCGUCUUUGUGGUCCGAAGACUGAUUCCUGCCAUUGCAUGCUCACUCCUAGCUGCCAUAAUUUCACAGUGCAUCGCAAUGGUGGCCAACAGAAUCUCAACUGCAACGGAGACAAUCCAAACCAGGCUGAACAGAGCCAACAACCUUGAAGAAUACAAGUUGAAAUCAAUGAACGAGUUAAUAGGCGGCUGGGCACCGCGCAAGAGCCAUUCCUGGAGUGGACAACUCAACUACUCCGGCUCAUUGUUUGAGCACAAUGUUCGACACGAUUCAGCAAGAGUGGGCACCCCCCGCGUGAAGCUCCACUUCGCCGAGAAACACGUACCCAAUCGCAAGCGGGUCCCCGUUCAGAUCGUCGUCACCCCGGCCUCUUCUCCGAAGCAUUCCAGGAACCUUGAACGCUCCUGGGUCAGCAGGGAGGCACCGACAUCUUCAGACUUCAGCCAUUACGCCAACGUGGCGUUGCAACCUACCGAAGCCCACACUUUACCAUCGGAUCAGUAA